CUUGCGACCAACUUCGACGGCGGGCGAUUCGAUCGGAUCGGAAUCAAAUCAUAGCAGACAGUCGAAGGCAACGCGUCGACACUUAACGCGAUAUAGUCCCGCUCUCAACGAAAACUACAAAAAAAAGUUCGCCAAUUUUACGUGUCCGCGUUUGUUUUGUUUUGGUUUUUUUUUUCUUUUUUUUUUUCGUUGCGUUCUGGAAGUUUCCUUCCGCAAAAAAAGAAAAACUUCCGGCUAAAUAAACCGAAAAAAAAGUGUCAAAUCUGAAAUUUGUGCGAAAUUUUCAGCCAGCGAUUUUUAUGUAAAUGACGACAGCUGCCCGCCCGCUCGACGUCAGCAGGAGCAGGAGCAGCAGCGGCAGCGGCAGCACAACGGCCAGCACAAGGGCACCCACCACGGUACCGCCGCCGCCGCCUGUGGAUCGACGUCAUCCGAACCGAAUCGUUUUGCUGGUAACGCUGGCGCUGAUCAUGAGCCAACUCCAGCAGUUCACCACCUCCGGCGGCGGUAGUGGCGUCUCAGCUGCCACCACACUGGAGACCAUCCCACUGAAGCACCUGCAAAAGCGCAGUGCAGCCACUUUCCGGCUGCGCUUCCAAAAAGAGCUAAAUGCCAGCAGUAUGCAUCUGGAUUGGGAGAAUACCUGUGGCCACAAGUGGACAGGUCUGGAUGCUAAGCGCCCACGCCAGGCCAAACGCUGCAAGAAGCGACAGAUGAUCCUGCAGAGCCUGCAGAACGAAACGGCCCGGGAAUUGAGGAAUGUGCAGGCCGAGGACAAGGCCAGGACCACAACGAAUCCGGAUCAGCUGGCCACCAAGAACUUGAAGGCCCUCAAUAUCAUGAAGAAGCGACGGUGGACGCUGCACAAAGUCAACUACAAGUUUCUGCCGCGUCUAAAUGCCAGCAGUUUGCAGCUGAACCUGCGCCAUGUGCACCGGGACCUGCAGUUUUAUGUGGGCGCCUUUAGCUACCUGCGGCACGCCAAGAUGCACUGGGACUACGCCAAUUUGCAGGCGGAGAGCGUGCUGUCCGACGAACUGCAGCGGAUGCGCGUUGCGGCGAGGCGCGUGCUCUGCAGCGUGGAGGGGGCCAUCAACCUGACCAAUCUGCUCUACGGCUCCAAGGCUCGUCAUCAGCGGCAGAAGAAGCGACAGACCUCGCCACUGCUCACCUAUAAGAUCAUACCGCUUAAGUUGAUGGAGAAGCGGCUGCAGCAGUUCAAGACGCCGGUGGUGCAGCUCAACCAACAGGCGACCUUGGCCGCCCGCGGCGAUUACGUGGUCCCGCCCCCCGCCACCAAUGACCUGCAGGUGGACGCACUCUUCGUCAAAAUGGAGUUCGUUCAGUACCUGAAGAGCAUCCGCAAGAUUCUCGACAAUCAGAGGAAGCAGCUGUGCAAAAAGAAGCCCAUCCAGUUGGCCAUGCCAAUUGGCAGUCAGAACAAGAGCUAAGCCAAGCUCAAGACAACCGGUGCAAACCUCCAUUCCACAAACACAAAAAACAACAACAAAAACGAGGCUCAAUCCAUCAGACAUCCUUAAUUUAUUAAACAUCCUAUAUUUAUUACUCACGCCACACCAUAAACAUCAGUCACGACGAAUCAAAAAUCACGAGGAAUCCCAGGCUAUGAAAAACCGAAUAACUUGAAAAGAACAAUCAAAUCAAAACACAAAAUGCGAAUGAUAUGAAUAUAUCUAAAGACGAAAGUAUAUGUAUUUUUAUUUUUAUUUUUUUUUUGUUUAGCUGUAAGUCCCAUUGUAUUAUUUAUUAUGACAACUCUCGCCAACAAUCUGCCGAACAUUCCGCUAGAUUCUAGGUAUACUAAGAUAUAAUUUGCCUUGUAUUACGAUGCUGUGAUAGUAGUUGAUUAAAGCUAUAUAUCUCCCCCGACUAUAUACACGGAUAUAUAUGUUAUGUACGAUUAUAUAUAUACACCUCUAUGUAAUUUAGCUUUGUGUAGGUAUUAACUUUAUAGAAAUCAAA